UUGAUAUUUACGAGUCGCCGUCACACGCUUUUUGGCGCGGCUUUUCCAUCUUUAUUUGCUUGCUUUUUCCUCUCCGGUUCCUCUCCCCACACUUCGGCUACCCUUCGCUUGGCGCGGCGGCAGUCUUUCUGUGGGGCGUUGUGUGUGUUGGUGGAGUUUGCGUGCGUGCUGCGCCGUGGAGCGAGCCGAGAAUUUCUGCUGCCACCAUGUUUUAGCCGGGUUCGCGGUUAGCAGACGAAGUUAGCAGACGACGCGGCGCAACGGUCGUUAGUGGUGUGUUGCAGACGGAUAUACCCCUCCUGUCGUCCGAUUCCGUUCCCAUAAAGAUGCCGGGCAACAGGACGUGUACCGACGGGCUCUUGCUUCCGUUCCUGGACGAGUCCUCCUGGUCCCGCGAAGGACGGUCUUUCGUCUACCUGCUGGGCCUGCUCUACUGCUUCCUAGGGGUGGCCAUCAUCGCCGACGUCUUCAUGUGCGCCAUCGAGAAGAUCACGUCCAAGACGCGCCGCAUCACUCUGUCCGCUCAGGUGCCCGGCGCCCAGCCGGACGUCAUCGAGGUCAAGGUCUGGAACGAGACGGUGGCCAACCUCACGCUCAUGGCGCUCGGCUCGAGCGCACCGGAGAUCUUGCUGGCCAUCAUCGAGAUCAUUGGCCACAACUUCGAAGCGGGAGACCUUGGUCCCGGUACCAUAGUAGGAUCGGCAGCGUUCAACCUGCUGGUCAUUACUGCCGUCUGCAUCACAGGCAUUCCCGGAACGGAAGUCCGAACCAUCCGAAUGGUCAAGGUCUUUGGAAUCACGGCCUUCUUCAGCGUCUUUGCCUACCUGUGGCUUCUGAUAGUGCUGCUCGGCUUCAGCCCCCACGUAGUCGAGCUCUGGGAGGCCAUUCUCACGUUGCUGUUCUUCCCGCUCCUGGUGUUCCUGGCUUACGCCGCGGACCGAGGCAUCUUCUGGCCGGGAAGACGUGGGCGCAGCGCCCAGAAGCAGCUGGAGCUGCAGACGACCACGGACACCUCUGUGAGGAACGGCAACGCCGUGGCUCCCGUCUCGGCUCCGGGCACGCGGAAACAGUUCUUCCCCAACGGGGAACUCAACAGGGAAAGCCUGCUGGACUUCAUCAGGGAGAUCCGCAAGCACCCUGGGCUGACGGACGAAGACGCCGCUUGUCUCGCAUCGGCGCAGCUCGCCGAGCAACAGCGCCACACACGGAUGUGGUACCGCGUCGGAGCCAUCCGCGACCUCACCGGCGGACGACGCACCAAACCCAGCAUUUCGGAAAAGCUUCAGCACAAGAUGGACCAAGAGGUUCGAGACAUGUUUGCACUGGCCGUUAAGGACGAAGCUGAUGCCAAGACUGCGGACGAAGUGGAGCAAGGCAAGCUGCUCAAGCCCGUGCCGGAGUCCGAGAGUAAGGACGUCGCCCUGAUCGAGUUCAACGCCAGCUCGUGCGCCGUGCUCGAGAAAGCCGGCAAAGUGGACGUCAUCAUCCGCCGGAAGGGAAAGAUCGACUGCCCGGCGACUUGCAGGGUGGAGACCAUCGACGGCACAGCCGUGGCCGGCGAGGACUACAUGGACCUGCGCCAGAUGGUUCUGUUUCAACCGGGGGAGGUCCAGCGCAAGGUGUCCGUGCAGAUCGUGGACGACAACCAGUGGGAACCUGACGAGACCUUUUUCCUCCGACUCUCGCUGCCCCUGGAAAGCAGCAACGUCAUGCUGGGACGCAAGUCCGUCAUGGAGGUGACCAUCAUCGAUGACGACGAACCGGGCACUUUUGAGUUCCGUCGCAGAGGUCUGUUGGUACGAGAGAGCGUAGGCUCGGCUCAGGUGGCCGUGGUCCGCUCGAAAGGCGCCGACGGCACGGCGUUCGUCCACUGGCGCACCAAGAGCCAGACGGCCAAAGAAGGCGAGGACUUCCAUGGCGGAGAAGGCAAGCUGGUGUUCGAGCACGGCGAGACCGUCAAGAACAUCGAAAUCCCCAUCGUGGACGACUUCGAGAACGAGAAGGACGAGCACUUCGAAGUCGAGCUCUUCGACCCAUCGCCCGGAUCGAGCCUGGGCCACCUCACCAAGACCACCGUGACCAUCACCAGUGAUGAAGAGUUCAACACGAUCGUGAACCGGCUCAUGCUGAUGACCAACACCAACGUGGACAAGCUGCGGUUGCACUCGGAGACUUGGGUGGAACAGAUGAAGGACGCCAUGAACGUCAACGGGGGCGACAUCGAGAACGCCACGGCCGUGGACUACGUCAUGCACUUCCUGACGUUCGGUUGGAAGGUCAUCUUCGCGCUGGUGCCACCGACGGGCUUCCUGGGCGGCUGGCUCACCUUCUUCGUGUCCCUGGGCGCCAUCGGGCUCCUGACGGCCAUCGUGGGCGACCUGGCCGGAAUCUUCGGCUGCCUGGUCGGUCUCGAGGACACCAUCACGGCCAUCACCUUCGUAGCACUGGGCACGUCGUUGCCAGACCUCUUCGCGUCCAAGGGCUGCGCUCGGUCCGAAAAGUACGCCGACAACGCCAUUGGCAACGUCACCGGGAGCAACUCCGUCAACGUGUUCUUGGGACUCGGGAUACCGUGGGUGGUGGCGGCCGCCUACUGGCAAAUCAAGGGUGGCGUCUUUGGCGUAGAUGCUGGCUCUCUGGGCUUUAGCGUUGGCAUCUACUGUGCUGUGUCGGCAAGCUGCAUCGCCCUCUUGGUACUGAGGCGAAGCCUAAACUUCUUUGGCAAGGGCGAGCUGGGCGGCCCUCGCGCAACAGCAACGGCAAGCGCCGUGUUCCUGGUCUUCCUCUGGGUCCUCUACAUCGUGUUGUCCGCCCUCAAGACCUACAAGAAGAUCUGAAGACGUCGCUGUGCUUACUGCGUCAGAACGGGGGUGGGGAGGGGACAGCUGCGCCUCGAGAUCGACCAUGAGAGACAGUUGAGGGACAAGUUGUCCGUCUUGAUGUGGACAACUGUGGGACAGCUGCUUCUUAAGAUGGACAGCUAUACUGACCACGUCGGUAUACAUGAAUCGCAACUGUUGAUGUCUUGGUGUAAACCAUUUGGAGGCGUUCGCUGGGUGGAGCUGUUUUCUGUCAAGUCCGAUAUGGGGCAUAGACAACGGGGGAAAGCGUGUACUUCUACAUUCAGUUUGAAGCAUCUUCUCUUGAUGUCCAGGUUAAGAGAAAAAAGGCGACGGGCACCUGCAAAGGUUUGGGUUAAAUUGGACACUUUAAAUAGCGAUUGAAAAUCGACUUCUAUUUGUGAGAUAUGAACGUGUUUUUUGGAUAAACAUAAUGGUAACGAUCAGGUAGCGGAGGGUUACAAUAACGUUUGGCGCCAACUACUAAAUGACAUCUAUGAAAAGGACCAGUUCAGAUAUUUUUCCAAUCACAAGGCGAUGAACUAGCACUUUUUUUUUCUUCCUCGUAGUAAACGGCUGCCCCCCCCCCCCCCCCCCCCCACCAAACAGAUAUUCACUGCUAGGUAUCUGCAGCUAUCUACUAUAACAAUUGUUUGAAGAUAAAGCUGAACAGCAGAUGAACAGGCAUGGGGACACUGGGCACCAAGAUCCAAGAUAUCAACUUGGGUUUGGCAAGUCGGACGAUUAAUGGUCACUGAUGCAUCGAAAAAUCAUCUCAAGGUCACUAUCUGGGAGCGCAUUUGGAGGCAGCUAAAGCUAGAUUCCGAUAUGUCAUGCUUUAAGGCGAUUCAAAAAGUUGCCACAAAUUAUCACACUGAAAAGAUUGGUGAACCCAGGGUGGGCUACAUUGAACUCAGUUUCGAGAUACUUGAGUGGUCACAACAAAGGAUAAAACACUGAAUUUUAUAUGAAGACAAGCUUUUACUGAUUGUACUUAUGACAUAAGCCAGGCGAUUUAACUUACCGAAAGACGGGUCGAGCGGCAGCUUUGUCACCGCCUUGCGUGUUCGUGAUAAUUACUCGAGCUUCGUUUUAUCCAUUGAUAUGUGGACCUCAUUGUAUAUAUAACCAUCGUUUCAAGAUCGCAAAAUAUGCUGCAUGUUUUUUUUUUUUGUUUUUGUUGCUUUUCAGACACGUAAAGUGACUCUUUGCUGAGAGGUCAGCAUUAGUUCGCGCGGUUGAUUCGCAACUUCUGCUAAUUAGUGUUGGCGUUCACACAUGGCUGACUUAAUUUUAACACGAGUCUGUUUAAGGUGCAUUUUGAGAGCUAUUUUAAUGUUGCGUAUACCACCAUAAAAGUUCCUGGUUAACGCAAGUGCAGAAUAUUAGGACCAUCUAUUUUUUAACUAUAUACUUCAUUUCACCUCAUGGACAUAGUACCAUAAGACAAAUAUUGAGCGAACAUUGCUUUCAGGUAUGAUGUAAUUGCUCGUUGUUAGAAAUGUUAUGGUAUGUGACCAAGCGGUAUUUGCAGGGGCGUGAAAUAACAAAACAAAAGUUUUUAUGUAGGGAAGCGGUGUUCGCUGUUUAUUCUUCCGGUGAGAUCUUAUCGUUUUGCGAUUCAAGUAGUAACAGAGCGAAGGCUGUAGCGUGAGUGCCUUGCCUUUGAAUCUGUCUUUGACUCGUGGGCGGAAACCGCCUGCUGUCAAGGCACGUGCACGUGCGCCUAGCCUUGGCUUCACUACCGGUAAUACGAAGUAGUAACCUUCGCGUGUCUUUCAUUUGCAGUAUUGUCGACGUUAUGCUGCAGGAAGUACAAAAUUUGAUUUACCCUUUGUGUUGACCGAGAACUGGCAUUCGCCGUAUUUUUACGCAUGUCUAUUUUAAUUGUUGAACCAUGUAUGUUUUAUUUUUUUGUUCAAAAGAAAGAAAUGUGCGACCAGCGUUUGCUUUAUUUACACGCUACUCUAUAAGAAUACCACAUCAUAAAGGCCUAUACAGGGUGGGCGAUAUUUAAGUGCAUCAUCUGUGUGUUGUCUGUAAUGUUGCUAUAUUCGAAUUAAACAACUCGUACACAUACAUCAAAAA